AUGACGAAAAAAUUCUCUUCUGAAUCAGCGGAUUGGAUUCCUGAAUCAUAUCCAACAACAUUUUCAUCAACAAUGCCAAAUUUUGAAGAAACUCCACCAUAUCGUGUCAAUCGUGAAGGUGUACAAAAUUAUGUUAAAAAUCGUGGAAGUUUAAAUAUUGGUGAUUGGGCUAUUGAAGGUCGAAGAAUGUCAACAACGACAUUACCAAUAAAUCAAGAAUCAAGUUUACCACAACCGAAAGUUUUAGGACCUGAUGCUUUACGAAAUUAUACAAAAAGUCGUUGUUCAACACCAAAUCUUAUUCAGGGAAAUUUUCAACCACCUGAUUCUAAUUAUGGUAUGCGUGUUAGAAAAGAAGGUCGUGCUAAUUAUGAAAAAAAUCAUAAUACAGAAAUGAAAACAUUAUUAGAAAAUUAUGGGAAAUUAUCUUUACCAAUACCACCUGUACCUCAUAUACAAGGCGAGCUAGCAACAAAUCUUUUUUAUUCACAUCAAGAAGGUCAAAUGGGUCCAAUAUUAAAUAAUUAUGGUCGUACUUCAGCUACACCAAGACCAGUGCCUCAUGUGAAAGGUUUUGAUGCUGAAGUUAAUCUUCAAAAAGGUCUUGGUGAUUCUCAAUUACUUCAACAUGGUAUUGAUCGGUAUAUACCGACUCCAGAACCGCAUGUCAAAGGUGAUCAAGCUUAUUCAAAUUAUGAUAAUGGUCAAGGUCAUCAUGUUAAUACUCUCUUUCAUCAAUAUGGUAAAUUACAACAAUCAGCUCGAGCACCACCUAAAGUUAAAUAUGAUGGCAUUGAAAAUUUACGAAAAGGCCAAGGUGAUGAUAUGCGAAAAACACUUUCACAAUGUCCACCAACAAAUCGUCAUAUGGAACGUCCACAAUCAGCAUCAUACUGGUCAUAA